UGGUAGUACGCAGACUGGCGUAGGCUAUGCAAAGAAGGGCAUUCUCGACUCGAACUAGUAACGCUUAAACGUAGUAUCGCUUCUGUCUACACCUACCCAUAUUCGUCAGUCCCAAUGGUCUUGCUUUCUGCCUCAUUUGGUGAAGACUUGAUUUUCACCAUGUCCCACUCGACAGCGCAGCAUGUUCCUGCUAAAUGUUAGACACCGUGAUAAAUAUCGGAUUCGUUUUUAUUUUAAUUAACCCGAACACAGGUUGAACUUCCCGCGUGGAAUUCGUUAGAUUUGGAAAGUUGAUUGCUGCAAUCCUAGCGCCGUGACUGUUGCUUUCUUAUCUCAGGCAAUCCCCGUCAUGACCUCACUAUAGGCUACUUCCAAUGCACUGAAUGGGAUUUUACAGCAGUCUGAGCGUUGCCCCAUAUUCUGUGAACGCUGGGUGAAGUCAAUCAUUACUUAAUCGUUUUCGAUGACGGUCUGACUGAAGAUUUCCUUUGAUUCAUUCUCACAGUGCGUGAGACAACACAUUUGUUUCAAGCAGAAUCAACAGCAAGACAGUGGCCCUCCAGAAGGCGCAAUAAUGGGGGCAACCAAGAGCAAACCCAAGGACCCGGGCCAGCGGUCCCGAAGCCUGGAUGGCACCAUCGGCAGCGGCAGCACACACCACCUUGGCCCCGCCCAGCAGACCCUCACACCCAAUCGGAGCCCUGCUGUUGACGGGAGCCGGCGGGGCACCCAGCCUGUCACCAACAAUGCGGAGCUGGCCCUCUUCGGGGGCGUGGACCCAGUGGGCGGAGUCACCUCUCCACAGAGGGGAGGUCCCUUGGCAGGAGGAGUCACUACGUUUGUGGCGCUGUAUGACUACGAGUCCCGCACGGCCACCGAUCUCUCUUUCAAGAAGGGCGAGCGACUGCAGAUCGUCAACAACACGGAAGGGGACUGGUGGCUGGCCCGCUCCCUGGCUACUGGAGAAAGCGGUUACAUUCCCAGCAAUUACGUUGCUCCGUCAGACUCCAUCCAGGCGGAAGAGUGGUACUUUGGGAAGAUCACACGGCGUGACUCUGAGAGACUGCUCCUGAACCUGGAGAACAGACGAGGGACCUUCCUGGUGCGGGAGAGUGAGACCACCAAGGGUGCCUACUGCCUGUCUGUCCUGGACUACGACAACACAAAAGGCCUCAAUGUCAAGCACUACAAGAUCCGCAAGCUGGACAGCGGCGGCUUCUACAUCACGUCUCGCACACAGUUCAGCAACCUGCAGCAGCUUGUCGCCCACUACCGCAAGCACGCUGACGGUCUGUGCCACUGCCUGACGGAAGUGUGCCCCGUCCUGAAGCCUCAGACGCAGGGCCUAGCCCGGGACGCCUGGGAGAUCCCCCGCGAGUCCCUGCGGCUGGACGUCAAGCUCGGCCAGGGCUGCUUCGGGGAGGUCUGGAUGGGAACUUGGAACGGUACGACGCGGGUGGCCAUCAAGACACUGAAGCCGGGCACCAUGUCCCCGGAGGCCUUCCUGCAGGAAGCGCAGGUCAUGAAGAAACUGCGCCACGAGAAGCUGGUGCAGCUCUACGCUGUGGUUUCCGAGGAGCCCAUCUACAUCGUCACCGAGUACAUGGGCCAAGGCAGCCUGCUGGACUUCCUCAAAGGGGACAUGGGCAAGAUGCUGAGGCUGCCCCAGCUGGUGGACAUGGCAUCACAGAUUGCCUCAGGGAUGGCCUAUGUGGAGAGAAUGAACUACGUCCACAGAGACCUCAGGGCAGCCAACAUCCUCGUGGGCGACAACCUAGUGUGCAAAGUGGCCGACUUUGGCCUGGCCCGACUCAUUGAGGAUAACGAGUACACUGCCAGGCAAGGAGCCAAGUUUCCCAUCAAGUGGACAGCCCCAGAGGCAGCGCUGUACGGCCGCUUCACCAUCAAGUCUGACGUCUGGUCCUUCGGGGUACUGCUGACCGAGCUGGCCACCAAAGGAAGAGUGCCGUACCCAGGGAUGGUGAACAGGGAGGUGCUGGACCAGGUGGAGCGUGGGUACCGGAUGCCCUGCCCCGCGGAGUGCCCGGAGUCCCUGCACGAGCUCAUGCUCUCCUGCUGGCGCAAGGAGGCAGAGGAGCGGCCCACCUUCGAGUACCUGCAGGGCUUCCUGGAGGACUACUUCACCUCCACCGAGCCACAGUACCAGCCAGGGAAAACCUCUAGGGCCUCUCAGGGGAUGGGGGAGGGUUUUUCCGCGGGGAGAGAAGGUGUGACGCGCUGGAGCCGGGCCGACCUCCCUCCCCCACCCCUCCCUGCCGCAGAACCUUUCCUCCAGCGAGCCACUGCCAAAGGGACACGUCCACCCUUCCCCCAACCCCCUCCCACCCUCAUUGUCCCAGCAUCCAAAACUGCCCCUGCCCUUCAAACGUCUCUGUGCCAGAGGCAGUGGAGCAAUAGAGCAAUUCACAGUCUGCUUGAAGUCACAGCAGUAUGACCUAAGCCUCUGUAAGUGGUCCAUUUUCUUCUUUUUCCUCCUGUUGUUAUUUGUUUGGGUUUCAGGUCAGUUGUUGAGGGCACAGAAUGGACAGGGCCACUAUAAAUUAAACGUAAAGCAUCUGUGGCUUUCCAUGCCCAACUGACGGAACAGCUCCAUCUGUGGAGCAAGCCCCACCUGUGACCACACUCUCCAUGUUGGCCCCGCCCCCCAGAGGGCUGGGCAGGGGUCUUUUAGGUCUUCUGCUUCAACAUGGCACACUGGUUUUCCCCCUCCUGAUUGCCGCAAGGAAUGUGUCAGGAAAAUCGGGACAGGGAUGAAAAGCUGUCCAGGCUUGAGAAGGACAUGCUCCUUCGAACCAACGUCAGAGGGUGAUCAGAGCAGAGUCGGCAAUGUUCCUAGGUUCAAGAAACGAGGACAUUUUCAAGCGGAGUUUUUCGUUGUGGAAGAUGUCUGCUUAAUCACACCCAUCCAUCAAGUAACUCGCCGAUGUGUUUGGGGUUUCAGCGGGGAGAGUGUUGGGGUCCAGUUUUCAAUUUCUUCUCUUUUUUUAUAACCUGGAUUAACUGGAAUUAUGCGUGGGCUGAGACCAGAACUGGCAAAUGUUAAUUAACUUGUAGCCAUAGGCCGCUGAGUGUGGA